UAGCUCCAGGGCAGAACUUACAGAUCUGCCAUAAUGCAAAUCACCAUUAAGUUCUAGGCCUUUGAACCUUGUUUUUCUGCUCUUCUGUCCUGGUUCCAGGUCACAACCUCCUCUCCCCCUCCCCAAGUAAGAAGAGGCCACAUAAAAGAGCUAUCAGCCAGUUCCUCACACACUCAACUCAAACACCUUCAGAGCAGCGGAAGGUGCAGGAUGAUCUCCAGGGGCUCAGCGUCUGCAGUCAUCACGAUGAACUCAGAGAUGCCUCUGUUGAAGGUUUCGGUGGCUUCGUUGGCUCCUUUCUGAAGCUGCUUGUAGUUACAUGACUGCUCCAUUCACCAGAGAGGAUGAUCCUGAGAGGAUGGAGAGGAAGGCCCAAUAGUUUCUUGUUGAGUUAUGUUUCAGGUCUACAGGAUCACUACAAACUUCUGGAGAUGCACAGUAAGCUCUAUGAGUAGUAUCCACCAAGUCUUUUCUGUCCACUUGGAAUCAGAAGACAGCUUCCUCACUUCUUGAACAGAUCUUCUUACCAAUAAAAUCUUCAAAACCUCUGCAACUUCUUCAACUUUGGGUCAUCUAUUUAAAUGAAAGUUUUAAGAGUCCACUAACUAAUAUCUGGCCAUCAACUUUCUCAAGUCUUACUGAGUAACCCAUCUCCCAUAACUCACUCUGGAAUCACUCUGGCACUCUGGCUUAGGGUCAGGACCAACACUUUCAUUGUAUUAUAAUAUUACAUAUGUUCUUACGUAAAAACAUCAGGAUCCUUGAUAUGUUCAGCUAUUCCAAGUUUAUAGAAAUUCUGAGACCGAACAUACACAGGGUAUCCCUAGGUAGUGAAAUCUAAUGCUUAUCUGUUUCCUUUUUGUAUUUUGUUGUCGUCAUUUGACAAAUUAUACAAGCUGAAGAUUUAUUGCUUUUUAAUCAGAAAAGAAAGAAAUGGAUUUUUAAAAGAAGCAAUUUUGCAAAGGAAAUGGCUUGUAAUGUGAGUUGAGGAAGUAGUCUACAGAAGCCAAUGGCUAGCUUGAUACGUUGUUAGGUGCCAGAGGGUGAAAAGGAAAAAUAGGAGAAAGAAUAACCCAAUAUUCACAAGAAAUUUCUAUCUCCUUCUGAUCCUAGUCCCCUGAAUUCCUGUUCUACCUCAGGUGGCAUUAGGAGAAGACCUAUCUUCUGCCAGAAGUUAACCCAAACACACAGAGUGACAACCAUGAAGCCCCAGGUUCUCCUACACAUCAUGCUCACAAAUGGGUUUGUGAUGCUUCUGCCUGUGCUGGGAGGUGUCAAGGACAAGACUUUUUUUCCAGUUGGAAGAAGAGCCACUGAGCAGUGCUGGGUACAGCCUCUGUUAAAGUAUUGUAAGAAGAGGUGCACUAAAUUACAGGAGUGUUUAUCUCCCAAUCAUACAUGUUGCUGGACCUUCUGUGGAAAUAUCUGCUUGGACAAUGAAGAACCCUUUAAAAGCAUGCUAAACCCCUAGGUUCUAGCAGGCCCACCACUAGUGUGGACUAGAGGAUGACAGUUUAACCUAAGAAGAGUGCUACCUGGCUCCCUACUGGGUUAUUCACUUGCCCUGGCUGAGGAUCCUUCCGUUCUCCCCUUGAUCUCUUUGUCCUGAGAAGAUCCAAGUGUCUGCCAAAUAAACUGCUAACCAACCUGAGGGCCCUGCUUUGUCUUAUGCUGCAUUCCUGUAGUUACCUUCUGUUUUAUGAUGACCAACUGUUGUUCCCAUCUGAUCACCAUUGGGUGUAUAGGCACCCAACUCUGCCUUCCCGGUUAGACCUAUAUAUUAAUCAAUAACCUCACAGCUGUAACAAAAAUGCAGAGAUUUAUAAAUAUCCCAGUAAAUGAAGUAAAAGCUUAUUCUCAAUUCACUGAGCCUGUGCAGUGAAUGACCCCAUGCCAUGUAUGAUUCAAAAUCCUGCAUCCUUCUAUCUAUAACUCAAUCAUUAUUCAGGGUGGCAUCUGCAACCAGACAGCAGAUUGGAGAAAAUGGAAGUAUGGAGGCUCUUACAGAAGCUUUUUAAGGGACAAGCAUAGAAAGGGAACUCUAUUUUUAUCUACAUUCUGUUUGCCAUAAGGUCAUCACACAGUCUUCUUAUUUGCAAAGGAGACUGGCAGAUAUAAUCUAUCUGUAUUCCCAAGACAAUACAAAGCAGGGUUUGGUGAACUCACAGCAGUCUCCGAUUUAUCUAAUAAUAGAGAGCCAAACUCCUCAAGGAAGACCCAAUACCCUGCCCUCCACAUCACUGUCCAAUGGAGCAAGCAUCCCCCUGUCAUUAGAGUAGGCAUUACUGCCCCCAAGGUGGGCACUCUGAGCUUCCAGAAUGAUCCUUCCUUCUGCUGUGUCUGUAUCCUCUUACUCCAUACUCUAGCCUAUUUUGUCUGCCUGGCAGUUUAUACUUGGCUAUAGUACUCAUAUACUGGAUGUCUGGUAAUGCAAGGCAGGCUUUCCAGCCCAUGCUGUCCCCCUAGCAUGUAUUUGAAUUUCUACCAUAAGUAUCUUGAAGGUCAAAAAAAAAAAAAAGUAUCUUGAAGGUCAUUUUAAU